AUGGAGAGCUCUGCCAAGAUGGAAAGCGGUCCCGCAAGCCAGCCGCCGCCGCCGCCGCCGCCGUUUUUGCAGCCGGCCGCCUGCUUCUUCGCCGCGGCGGCGGCGGCGGCGGCGGCCGCUCAGAGCGUGCAACAGCAGCAGCAGCAGCUGCAACAGCAGCAGCAGCUGCAACAGCAACAGCAGCUGCAACAGCAACAGCAGCAGCAGCAGCAGCAGCAGCAGCCGCCGAGCCCGGCGGGCGGCCAGCCCUCGGGGGGCGGUCACAAGUCAGCGCCCAAGCAGGUCAAACGGCAGCGCUCGUCUUCGCCGGAGCUGAUGCGCUGCAAGCGGCGGCUCAACUUCAGCGGCUUCGGCUACAGCCUCCCCCAGCAGCAGCCGGCCGCCGUGGCCCGGCGCAACGAGCGGGAGCGGAACCGCGUCAAGCUGGUCAACCUGGGCUUCGCCACCCUGCGGGAGCACGUCCCCAACGGGGCGGCCAACAAGAAGAUGAGCAAAGUGGAGACCCUGCGCUCGGCCGUCGAGUACAUCCGCGCCCUGCAGCAGCUGCUGGACGAGCACGACGCCGUCAGCGCCGCCUUCCAGGCCGGGGUGCUCUCCCCCACCAUCUCCCCCAACUACUCCAACGACAUGAACUCCAUGGCCGGCUCCCCCGUCUCCUCCUACUCGUCGGACGAGGGCUCGUACGACCCCCUCAGCCCCGAGGAGCAGGAGCUCUUGGACUUCACCAACUGGUUCUGAGCGCCUGCCGGAGCGGGCCCGCGGGGGCCGAGCGUCCGCCCGGGGACCGGCUGGAGAGCGAACGGCAAGAAGGGCUUUAUUCCUUUUCGCCCGCCGCGUUGGGAAGGAGGACGGGGAGGAGAAAAGCGGACCGCCAACAACCCAACCAAACGAAAAGGAGAGACGACAACCCCACCGGCGACCACCCGACCGAGCACGGGGAGUUAGCGCGGGCCUCCGGGACCGGCCCGAACCGCCCCCCUCCGACCCGCCGCCGCCCGGCUUUGCACUCCAGGCCGGGUCCGCCUGCGGAAUACGGGCCUGACGAAGCCUGCGUGUCCCACCGUGUCCCACCGUGUCCUCCCGCUCAGAACGAGGGCGGCACACGCUGCCCCCCAUCCAUGCCUGCAUGCGCACACAAGCGCACACGCAACGCGCACACACAACGCGAAACAGCGAGGGGCUUCCUCCCUUCCCUCCUCCCUUUCCUCCUCCUCCCCCCCUCCCCCGCCAGUCCUUGCGUCCUUUUACAGAUCGGGUCGGGUCCCCCCA